UCUCCUUCCUUGCCUUCUGGUCCAGAGAAUGCAUCUGUCCAUCCUCUCCUCUCUGCUGCUCUUGGUCGCUGCAAUCCCUUGUCAGACUCUCUUCCCAAGCCCCGAGGAAGGCUGGGAGAUAUACAGUUCCGCCCAGGAUCCCGAUGGGAAGUGCGUAUGCGCCGUGGUCGCUCAACGGAGCAUGUGUUCACGGGACACCCGCAGCAAGCAACUCCGCCAGCUACUGGAGAAGGUACGGAACAUCUCGCAGUCCAUCGCAGUGUUGGACCUACGAACCCCCACCCGGAUCUCUCAGUACAUGCGGAACACAGAGUCGCUGAUGAAAGUUCUCAACGCCCGCUUAAAAGUCGCGGAGAAGCAGUCGAACCUGAUGAACAAAAACUUCCAGGACCUGAAGGCGAAGAUGAACGAAUUGCUGCCGCUGAUGCCAGUGGUGGAGCAGUACCGGUCCGAUGCACGGCUGAUUCUCCGAUUGAAGGAAGAGGUUCGGAAUCUGUCGGUCGUACUGCUGGGGAUACAGGAGGAGAUGGGCGCCUAUGACUACGAGGAGCUCCUACAGAGGGUCAUGCACCUCGAGCGGAGACUACACGCAUGCAUGCAGAAACUGGGUUGUGGCAAGUUGACCGGAAUCAGUAACCCGUCCACCAUUCGGGCGUCGGGAUCCCGGUUUGGCGCCUGGAUGACCGACUCACUGUCUUCUAGUGCUGAGAAUAAGCUCUGGUACAUGGAUGGUUACCUGAAUGGCCGGACAGUCCGGGAGUUCCGCUCCUUCAACGACUUUGUCAAGGGGCAGAAGUUUGUCAUCUACCGCCUGCCGCACCCGUGGGCGGGCACGGGCCACGUGGUGUACAACGGAUCGCUCUACUACAACAAGUACCAGAGCAACAUCAUCGUCAAGUACAACUUCCGCUCGCGCAGCGUGCUGCUCCAGCGCAGCUUGGACGGGGCAGGCUACAACAACACCUACCCCUACUCCUGGGGCGGCUUCUCCGACAUCGACCUGAUGGUGGACGAGAGCGGCCUGUGGAGUGUGUACACCACCAACCAGAACGCCGGCAACAUCAUCCUCAGCCGGCUGGACCCCCAGACGCUGGAGAUCCUCCAGAGCUGGGACACGGGCUACCCCAAGCGGAGCGCGGGCGAAUCCUUCGUCAUCUGCGGCACUCUCUACAUCACAAACUCACACCUUGCCGGAGCCAAGAUCUACUUUGCGUACUACACCAACACGUCGAGCUACGAGUACACCGACAUACCCUUCCACAACCAGUACUCGCACAUAUCCAUGCUGGACUACAACCCCAGGGACAGGGCGCUCUACACAUGGAAUAAUGGCCAUCAGGUUCUCUACAAUGUCACACUCUUCCAUGUUGUAAAGACAUCAGGUGAAUUAUAAAGUCACUGGACAAUCCCUUUUUACAUUUAAACACAUCAUUAUUUAAUGGACAAAAGACUGUUUGGUGUGAGUGCGCAUGGUUCCUUUGUGUUUCUGAAAAAAUAAAGUUUCACUUUGAAAAGCUCAA